GCGGCACAAACACGACGAUGGAGGACAGCCAGCGUCAUCCAAGACGCUCAACGAGGCUGCGAGCAGCAGCAGAAGCAGCAGCAGCAACAGCUGCCAAGAAGAGCACUGAUGUGCCUGCCCGGGCCACUUCACAACGAGUGCAGCCCAAGAAAAGUGUGCGAGGGAGAGGAAAGACCUCGAGACAAGGGAAGCGCAGGAAGGAUCAGACAGAGGAAGAUGGCAAGAGGCAAGGAAACACACCCUCCAAGACCACCAGCAAGAGGAGCAAGUCGAUGGCCACGCAUUCAUCAACCAUUGGCGACCCUUUGGAAGAGGACGACGGCAAACAAAGGUGCUGGAGUUCGUGGUCCAGCUUGUCACGACAUUACCAUGACAACGUGUGGGGUCGACCCGUCACUGACGAUAGCCGCGAACUCUUUGCCUGGCUCUGUCUUGAGAUGAUGGCCUGUGGGUUAACGUGGAGGACAGUGCUCACCAAAGAAGCAGGGCUACGGGAUGCGUUUCUCAACUUUGAUAUUCACCACUGCGCAUCCCUUUCAGACGCUGCCAUUUCGAAGUUGUUGGAGGACGAGCGAAUCAUCCGCAAUCGCGCGAAAGUGCACGCCAUUCGACACAAUGCAAAGCUCGUGCGUGAAAUGGAGCAGCAGCGCGCAGGCUCGUUCAGCGACUACGUGUGGAGGUUCAAACCAGCACAUGACAAAGAGCGGCUUCUCGCGUCGGGGCAGCUCCUCAGCUCCCAUAUGCGCACCGACUUCAAGACCAAGGCGGCGGAUCGCGAGGAGAGCGACGGUGUGCACCCAACCGUGACGGUGGCUGAGUUUACAAAGAACUUGCGCAAGCGCGGGUUCAAGUUUGUUGGCGAGACCACGGUGCUCUCCUUCAUGCAAGCCGUGGGCAUGGUAAACCAUCAUGCACACACUUGCUUCGCCUUUCAGGAAAUUGAGGCGCUACACGCUCUUGGCACCCCAUGACGAGAGAGCACGCGUGUGUUUGUUGGUGCGUGUGGGUGGUGAGAAAGAGGGAAGGAGACAACACAGAGAGAACGAAAGAGAGAGAGAAUGAGUGUGUGGGUGUGAGUUUCGCUGCGGCUGUUGUGUUCGGCGCUGCUGCGGCGUGCUCACUGACCUGCCGACUUUUCCUAAAUGACUUCAGUAAAUAAUCUGCAACAGCCA